ACUGCAUUUAAUGAUACUUGUAGUUGCUUGUUUUACGUCUUGACGAAAGAAAGGAAAAAAAUCACUAAUUUGUCGACGGAAGAAAUUCUACUCUCCAACUGCGUAGCAACUGAAAACAAUUGCACAAUGCGAUGAAGAAACUUAAUUAAAAAUUCUUUGUGCAUCGGAAAUAAACACAUAUUAUUUCACGGAUCUCAACUUCUUCUUGAAAACCGCGACGAAAAAAAUUCCAUUUCAUGAUGAAUCGAUUGUUAAAUGAAAUGAGAAAAGCAAAAUAUCGAAGAAAUUUCAUUCGUGGUCACUGCUUGCUUUAAACUUCAAUGUGUGCCACCACAUCUCAGUUUCUUCUCAUUCUUGACAUAAAAGAUACAAAACAUUAAACGCUUCAAUGAAUGUUAAGUGCCAUUAUAGCUGUAAAAAUAAAUAGACUGGCGAUAAUGUUGGCAAAGUAUGAAGUGGAGGCACUUUUUGUUUCAAAAAACUGCACUAUUUGUACAGAUAUGCUUGCAUUCUAUGGCAGCACAUGGAACGUCAUCUACACACACUCACGUUGCUAUAAGAAGCAUAAUAAUUUGUUAUUUAUUGUUCUGCUUAUUCCUUUAUUCACAAAAGCAUUAAACUCAAUGCAUACAUUUUCUUUGAAUACAAUUUGCAUAAUGAUUAUUCCUUUUGUAUGGUAAUUUCCGUGUCGCUAUUUGCGUAAAUAAAAAAAUCUUUCCAUCGACGUGGUCUUUUGUCAAUCGAACACUAAAUCAGGCACUGAGGUUGAGUGAUUAAACUUUUUCAGGAAGGAGAGAUUAUUCACGUUCUCAAUUAAAAUCACUGUAAAAAAUAUUUAAUCGAAGCAACUUGUCGUUAGUUUUGUCGCAUUCUGUAAUAAACUAAACUUAACAACUUCAAUUUGCGAUAAUAAAAACUAAAAUAAAUGCACACAAAAAAGAGCCUAAUAAAAUAUUCAUUAACUUGGCUGCGAAUUGACGACGAUAUCGGGAAUGGACCAGUUUUUCAACUUUCAGACAAGGCUGAAAAAUUUUAAAUUUGAUUAUAAAGACAUUUGUGUCCAUUUGCCAAUUUUGUGUUUAGCAGUUAAACUGUCUGACUUAUUAGCUUUUAAAGACCACUUGCCGUUCACAAGCGACAUUCAAAUCGAUUUGAACACACGAAGUUUCAUAAUUUUUCACUUUGGAGAUGUUCGUGUUUGCUGAUUGAAAUUCCACGACAUUGGAACCGAAUAACGUGGGACAAGAAGAUGUAGCUCGACAAAAUAUUUGCUUUUUUGU